UUUCGUUUCGUGACAUCAUCCAUCGACUCCGAGGAUGUGCUCCGCCCGAUGACGGCACCCCAUUGGUAACCUUGACCUGCACCUGCACCUGCACCUGUGCCAUGUGUUGCUGCUACCUUGCCCCUCACUCCCUGCUCCUGCAAACGUUUCUUCUUGCGCCGCUGAACCAAACACCACCACCACCACCACCACCACCACCACCACUACCACCAAGAUGCCUGUCGUAGAAUCAAAGUUCGACCCCAAGGACAUGCAGUUCCGCCGCCUGGGCCCCGCCGGCCUCAAGGUGUCGGUCCUGUCGCUGGGUGGCUGGCUGACGUACGGAGGCACGCAAAAGGGCUCCAUUGUCAAGGACUGCAUGCAAGAGGCCUGGGACCAUGGAAUCAACUUCUUCGACACGGCCGAGGUCUAUGCCGCCGGCGAGUGCGAGGUCGAGAUGGGCAAGGCCUUCAAGGAGCUGCAAUGGCCGCGCGACGAGUACGUCUUGUCGACAAAGAUCUUCUUUGGAACGCGCAGAAAGGAACCCAACACCAGGGGCCUGUCCAAGAAGCACAUUGUCGAGGGCUUGAAGAGCUCUCUGGCGCGCCUCGAGCACUCCUAUGUCGAUGUCGUCUUUGCCCAUCGCUUUGAUCCCGAUGUGCCAAUGAGGGAGAUUGUCGAAGCUUUCACCCAGACGAUUAACAUGAACUUGGCGUACUACUGGGGCACGUCGGAGUGGUCUGCAGAGCAGAUUCAAGAGGCGUGCGACAUUGCCGAAAAGUACAACCUCAUUGCGCCCAUUGUCGAGCAGCCGCAGUACAACGCCUUCCACCGCGAGCGCUUCGAGAAGGAGUAUGCGCCGCUGUACAAAAAGUACCAGUACGGCACGACCAUCUGGAGCCCUCUGGCCAGCGGCCUGCUCACGGGCAAGUACAACGACGGAAUUCCAGAGGACAGCCGCUUCGCCACCAAUGCCGACUUUUUCAAGAACACCAUCGACUCGCUCAAGAGCGAAGAGGGCCAGGCCAAGAUCAACAAGGUCAGGGAGCUGACCAAGGUGGCCGAGAGGCUGGGGGGCACGACGACGCAGCUGGCGCUCGCAUGGGCUGCGAGCAACCCCAACGUCAGCACCGUCAUCCUGGGCGCGAGUAAGCCCGAGCAAGUGCGAGACAACUGCGGCGCUCUCAAGCUGCUGGCCAAGUUGACGCCCGAGGUCAAGGACGAGAUUGAGAAGAUUCUCGACAACAAGCCCUAGGGCAUGCGCGAGUUGCAAGUAUGUAAUCAAUGACUUGGCCAGACCAUAGACAAUGCAACGUAGACCACUCCAGGACAAGCGUCGGCCAUGGCUUGGCCAGACACAGACAAUGCAAGUUAGCCACAUGCGCCUUUGCUCGCAUGACCAUGGCAGGUAUUAAGCUUUGUGGUGAGGCGGCAAGACCAUGUCGUAAGAGAUGAUGUGCAGGCGGCAUGCACGUGGGCCGGGAGCAGAUGGUUGGGGCGCCUUUGCAGCUGGCAAGGCGGCGUCUGGAGAUGGAGCUGGCAGCUGGUGCCCAUGACCAUUGCAACCAGGAAUGGGCUGUGCCUCGAGGCGUGUCGGGGGGGCCGGUAGCGGCGGGGCCAGGAGUGCAAGUGCA